CGUAUACAGUAGGGAUUAGGGUUUGGAUAGAGUAAGGAAUAAAUAGUGGUCUAUUAUUUUAUCGUGAAGAAGAUCAGCAAAUCUGUGAAUACAAGAUCGAAUGGCAUUCUCCGACUCCGAUUCCGAUUCCGAUUCGGAUCUUAUAAGUAGCGUUCUUGUAGAAAGGCCUCCCCAUCGACCUGAGGAAAGCCUCGGUCCCAAUCAGUACCUAGCGUACACCAGCCUUCCGAUCAGUCUCAUCUGCGACUCUUGUGGGAACCGCAUGCCCAAAUGCUCCGAGAUUGCCGUCACACACGAUGUCUCGGGCAAAGGUGGUCGAGAUAUAACUUGGUCCAAGAUCUACGUGGAUUGCACCAAUUCAAAUUGCAUAGCUGAGAUCACGUUAAAGCGUAAGGGCUGCCAAUUUGUUGUUUUGUCUGGUGCAACUCCGUAUUUCCGGCCAGAGGAUGAGAAAUUGGAAUGUCCUGGCAAAGUUGGGAUAAAAACCCACCGCAUCUAUCAAGGAAAUCUUGCUUCUUCUGGAGUUAUGGCUUCUAUUGCUUCUUCAGUUAUGGCUCCUAGCAAGAUCAACUCGAAACAAAAGAGACGGAAACGAAAGAUCAUUCCUGCUAAAUGAUGACAAGCCACGAGGCAAAAGAAGAGAGAGAUGGUUGCAUCUGCAUUUGGAGAGGAUGAGACAGGUAGUUGUCAAACUCGCCUUACUACGGAGGACUUGAAAUACCUGUUCAUGGUUUAAUUAGGGGUGUCUGCCUAUUAUAUAGAUUUCGUUCUAGUCUCUGCGUUACCUCUGUAGUUGAAGCUUGUCUAACAAUAUAUCUUUAGAUUAACAGGAAAAGAGCCUCAUUUUACAAAAUAUCUUGUGAAUUCACUUGAUGUAUUCCUUUGACAAUCUUGCUUUCUCAUUGUAUAGGAUGUAGAUUUCAAUAUCUUACACCAAUUAAAGAUGGGUAUGUAGUUCGUUGAGAUUCUUUCAAGUAUUGUUUAAACGGUAGUGUUCGUUUUUUGACGAAUGCUAGAUUGAUUGGUAAAUUUGUUCAUCUUUUUCCCCGGCCAA